GAAGUAGUUGAAGGGAUGGGGGAACUAGUGGUCAUGCCACCUGGACAUCAGCAAUGUCUUCUUUAAUGUUUUGUCACCUCAAUGACUUGGUGGUUGCUGGUUUGAAAACAUCAAAGGGCUUCAAGAAACAUAUGUACAAUGGUUGUGCAAGGGCAAUUAAUGAAAAAAACAGCACUAGAAUCAAUGGUGAACAAGUUAAGAACCAUUUAAAAACAUGGCAGAAAAGGUAUGCAAAGAUAAUUAAACUGAAGAAGUUGAGUGUUGCCUUAUUUGAUGAAGAGAAUUGCAUGAUUACACUUGAUAAUGAGCACUACAACAGCUAUGUCCAAGAUCACAAGUCUGAUGCAGAUUUCUUGAACAAGCCCCUUAUGCACUAUAGAGAGAUGGAAUCAAUAUUUGGUAAUAGCAUGGCUACUGGAAACUUUGCAAAAGAUUCAAGUGCAGCUCUAGGUAUAGAGAAUGUGGGUGAAAGCCAAGAAGAAGAUGAUGUUACUUCUCAUGCUCAAACUGAGGGGACAAGCACUCAAGGAGCAACAUCUUCUGCUACCAGACCAAGUAAGAAGGCCAAGCUAGCUGAAAUGGAAGAUGAAGGGCUAGUUGCGGCUUUUAGAAGUGUAGGUGAGAAUCUUGUCGCUGCCAUCAAAUUGGUUGCUAAGCCUAAUAAUGAGCUGCCAAGUGAUCUAUUUGACAUCCUAAAUCAAAUGCCUGGUUUCAAUUCUGCACAUAUAUCUUUCUACUAUGCUCAUUUGGUGGCCAAUCCUCACAUCGGCAAAGCUUUCUACAACCUGCCAUUUGAGCACAAAUUACAUUGGAUCACAAUGUUCAUCACUGAGAAAUUCCCUGGAAUGUAACUGAGUUGAUGGUGAGAAGUAGCUUUUGUUAGAUUGUAAUAGUCAGUGAUGGUGAGAAGUAGCUUUUGCUAGACUGAAAUGCAACAAUGAGUUGAACUUGAUCACUAAAAUGCAAUUGAGUUGAACUUGAUUAUUGAAAUGCAUCUUGGUGUUGUUGGGAUGUUCCUUUUAUUA